GUCCUGGCCCUCGGAGGAAGGCCCGUCUCUGGCCGCUGCCGACCCCUGGGACCUUCUCGGCCGGCGCCUCGCGUGUUUGUAGAUUGCCUCGGACGAUGGUCUGCGUCUGACAGUCCUCUCGGCUCAGCUGUCAGCUCUCCCUGCUCCUCUGCACCUGGUUCGGGUCAGCCACAUCCCACCAGCAGAUCCCUGACAAGCCCAUUGUGCCGUGCCAGCCUCUUCUGUCUGCAUCUGCCCUCCUGUGCCAGCUCCCUGCUCCCUUGUGCUCCCAGCAUGUCUCACGGCCAGCCCCAGCGGCAAGGCCCUCCUAUUCCCAUCCAGGCAGCAGCCAAUUACGCCAACGCACACCCUUGGGAGCAGAUGGACCCAGCCUCUGGUGCGGUGGCGUAUGCCCCCAUGGUGGAUCCCUGGAUCGAGAGGCCCUGCUGUGGGGACCCGGUUUGCGUGCGCACCACCAUGGAGCAGAAGAGCCCCGACAGCAGCGCCCCUGACCAGAAGCCCCCAGAGAGGGUGCCCCUUGCCGUGCGUGUACCCCGGCCCCUGCGGGUGGACUUCCACUGGGUGCCUGGCUCAGAUCCAGGCACCUUCGAUGGCUCCCCGUGGCUGCUGGACCGCUUUUUGGCCCAGCUGGGUGAUUACAUGUCUUUCCGCUUCGAUCACUACCAAGACCAGCUCAGCCGUGUCUGUGAGAUCCUCGGCCGCCUGACUGGCCGUGCCCGGGCGUGGGCAGCCCCCUACCUGGACGGGCAGCUGCCCCUGCCUAACGACUAUGAGCUCUUCUGCCAGGAGCUCGAGGGAAUAGUUCAUGACCCUGAAAAUAUUGCAGCGUUCCGUGCCGCCAUGCCCUGCUCCCUGCCCCCGGCCUCGAGCCAGCCGCCAGUGGCCCCCCAGCUGCCUGUGGUGAGGCAGUACUUAGCCAGGUUCGCGGAGGCCCUGGCUCUCAACAUGGGCACUCCCCCGAGGCCUGUCCCAGCAGCACCGGCCACCCCUGCAGGACCAAGACCUGAAUCCACACCCAGAAAUGCCAAGCAGAACAUCCCUGGGCCCACAGAGACCCCUGCACCCGCGAGUUCUGCGGGUAGCCCUGGUCCUGUGGGGGCAGCUGCUCCCCAGCCUGAGGGGGUAGCCCUCGAAGCUGCUUGCCCUAUACUGUCAGAAUCUGUGAAGCCCCUUGCCCAGAAGGAGGACCUAGCAUGUGCAGGGGCUCCAGAGCCCCAGAAAACAGAGGAAGGGGUAACUGAGACCCAGGGAUGCCAGGAGGUGUCCUCAGAUGCCCCCCAGGGAGUGCUGGAGACCCCAGGAGAGCCUGUCCCAUGCUCUACAUCCCUGGGUUCUCAACCUGACCCAGACAGUUGUGAUGAAGCGGCCUGUGCAUCCAGAGAGCCCCAUGACCCCCAUUUGGGGCACAGUGACCUGCCCACUGGGCCACGUGACCUCAAAGAGGGGUGAGGGUAUGCACUUAUUCAGGACCCUUCCCUGCCUGAGCACAGGCAAUUUUCCCUGCCUUGGGGGCUACCUCUUACCUGCCUUCUGCCCCCCCCACCCCCUACCCUGGGUGCUCCUGUGCCUAGGCCUCUUCCCACCCUGAGGUUCUCUCCUAGCUUCACUGUCACCCCCAGCACCUGCUAGGGUGGGAGGGGCUGACUGGGUUCUUCCAACCCUGGUCCCCCAUGUUUGUAUCAAUGUAGGGGCAGUGUUGUGUCCCACUGCGUGCACACAGGCCAGGGUGCCUAACAGACUCCUUAAACAUCAGUUGUCUCUGUGUUGGAAAGUUUCAAAUUCCUGACUUUUUUGUAUAACAUAAUGCCUUUUUGUAUGCUGUAAACACUAGACUGUUCCCCUUGUCUGAUGUAUUUCCAGUCCCUGAUGUCCAGCCUUCAUCCUUAUCCCCUUACCCUAGUGACCUGUUAGUCUCCCCUCCCCUUCCAUUAAAGUAGCCUGUUCAGUUUCUA